UGAAUCAAUCGACAGAUGAUGCACAGCCCCUGUUAGCAAAUACGGUCAUUCACCUUCUUGUUUUGGGGCGACGAUGGCGAGCAGCAGCUGCAGAUUUCUUUUCAAAAAUGGCUCGAUUCCAAAUUUGGCAGAAAACCCAUCAGUAACAACCUUACUUGAAGCCCACCAAGGCGCAUACACAACUACUAGGACUCACAAUGGUGGUUCAAAGCUGUUGUUUUGGUAAAUGCAUAUGAGCAGACUCUCCAGUUCUCUAAGAAUUCUCUUGAACUCCAAUCCUGAACUUUUAUUCAACUCAAAAACAUGUAGAGUGCCUAUUUCCUUGGUAUCAACAAAACCAACUAUUUGGGACUCAUUGGUUCAAUCUCUUGUGGAUGAUUCAAUGAGAAAAGCUCUGCCUUUUGUCUUGGAACAAAAAAGAAGCGGGGAAGAAUUGGCAAUUACAUGUCUUGUCAGUGGAAAUGUUGAUAGUUUGGAGGAACUUGAGGGUGAUGAGGGCAUAUUUUGUAAAGCUUUUGAUGUAUACGUCCAUGUUGGUUCCUAUGUUCCUGCUCUCUUUGGUAUCCAUGAAAAUGCAGCACGUUUGGCAGUUGUAGGGCGUGGAAGGCGCACAGCGAAUGCCAAAUACUCAGACUGGGUUAGGCAAAGGAAACAAUUAGA